AUGUCCCUUUCCCUAGAUUUUCGAUCGGCGUCAGGGCGGGAGUUAUCCUUGCUCUCCACUCCGGACUCGCAGACCCUAGGAUCUCGACCAGUCUUGACAAAUGAGUUUCCAACACCACCUGUACCUUCUCUAGACGAGCUUCUACCAGUGCCACCAUCGCCACGACAGCCAUCUCCGCCUUCCGCGAAACCUCCAAUUGAAGUUGAUCGCCCAGGCCGCUACUAUCUGCCGCCAGCCAUGACAGAUCUCAAGCUAGCCAUGGACUACUUUUCAAUGCCAAUCACACCGUUCCGCUACUUUGUUGCCCCAGAAAUAAUUUCAUCGCCGGGGCUGUUUCCUCAGUUCAUGGAUUUACCGCCCGAAAUUCAUCGAAUCAUCUUUCGCUUCUGCGACACCCCUACGCUGUUCCAUCUCAUCCACACGUCUUCCUACACCCGACAGGAAUGUUUGGGCCUGUUCUGGCAGUUUUGCGAUGAAAAUACUUGGUAUCGACUAGAAAAAUGCUCCGAAGCCUUUGAUGGGGAACACCCGAGGAUCUACGACUGCCCUGAUUUUGCUUCGAGGGUCACACAGGUGGAAAUUACCUUACCUUUUCACUGGUUUGGCAUGAAACGGGAAUUCUGGAGAAGAUUUCAAGACAUCUUUCCAUCAGCGCAACGAGUGGCAUUCUAUGAACCCCAUUUCGAACCCUCGUUGUUCCAUGCCAUGAUCAAUCAGCCGCUGGGAAGUGAAACUUCUGCGCUUGAUACAAUUGCAGAGCUUAUGGCGCAGGUGCCCCCCAAUAUUACCGCUUUGCUUGCAACAUCUUACGGUGGAAAGGAGAGCGGGAUGCGCUCCCGACUAUGGCGCAUUCAAGGCUCUGAGCUAAGCCAAGUACUAGAUCCGUGGACUCCAAUGCGAGUGGUCCUACCUCCAAAGCAGAUUCGCCCUGGCAUAUUAAACCACUUUUUGAUAAGUGAAAGACUUGGCACAGAGGCGAUUCGCGAAAUGUACGGCACAGAUUGGCUGAAAUGGGAGACUUAUUUGCGUUAUCCUGAUGCCAGCGGGAUCGAAUGUCCACACCCCGGGUGUGACGACAAUUUCCCCAACGAAACUGACUGGAAUCAGCAUCUUCUUUUGGAUCAUGAUGAGAGAGACCUUAAAAACGCGUUCAACCAAAGCAUUCUCACGUAUUGUCGAAAUACUCCACCUGAUGUGAAAGCUAUUCUUGAUGAGAAGCAGCGUCGCCUCGAUGAGGCAAACUUUAUCAGAAGUAUUAUGGUUGAGGAACUGAUGCAAUGGUACCAGGAGAAUGGAGACCAAGGCAGACGUCAAUUUGAAGACACGCUUGCUCAACAAUUGAAGGAAUAUGGGUUUCUCACAUAUGCCGAAUCACUCAGCCGAUGGGAACUGUUCUCUGACUAUGUGUCUGCAUGGCUGAAUGACUGGGGUGACGAGCCGGGUGAUCAUGGGAAUUACGAUUAUGACAAUUACGAAGUAGAGUCUGAUGAGGAGUACCCAGAAGACGAGAUAUCGGAUUAUGAUUAUGCUGGGGAAGAAUACUUUGUUUAUGCAGAUUGA